CAAGCGUCUUCGGGAUUAACCUUGGAUUCCCACAUGGAAUACCGAACCACUUCAACUCGAAACUUCACCGGUGGUGAACAUGCUCGCAGUGCUUUCUCGAUAGUUCCCAAAACGAGUCGCUAAUUGAACACUUGCCGGUUUCGGGCACAUGAUUAAGCUGACAAGUUGGGUCCAACUGCUGCGCUCCAGGGGCUUUACCCGUGCGGACCUUUGCCUAUGCUUACUGUAGUACGAUUACUGAUCGGCGCAACGUUUAUCGUAUUCGCUUGUCCGUUUUCAAGGUACUCCUUGCAACUAUUCUCAUUGUGAUCAUAGUUUACGUUGGGUCACUUCCAUUACUGUAUACAUAUUACCGCCAUAGACGCUCUCAUCGAAUUUAGUAUUGAACACAAGUAAUGAGGUAUUGUUAAUUAAUAUGCAUAACUUAUGGUUAACACCCCGCGGCUUUUGGCUGGAUUGCUCAAAACACAUGUUCGCCAACCAAUAGGCCGUUAAGCUUUCAAGGCAAGGGGAGACGUUGUACAUGUUAUGUAGGACUAGUGAUACUAGCAUCAGCCGUUGUGGACUUACCGACUGUUUUGGCAUGCCAUGCGACCCACUUCUCCUAGGGAGCUAUGGAGCCGAGCGUCGCGGUGGUCGAAGCCACACCACCCGCGGAAGACGGAAAAGACGAGCUGCUCGGCAAUACUGGCCUGCACGCCACCUUGGACUCAGCGCGCGGCAAUGCAAGCAGCAACCGUGGAGAGGCAGCGGCGCCUGCCCCCAAGAUUGGCGAGGGACCUGAGGCAGCCACACCCGCUGAGCCCGCAGCUGGGGCGUCUGUCGUACAUGCAACAACAGCAGCUGGUCGUACGGCAAGCCAGGGAGUAGCUGGGCAGGCGGAUGUGGAGGACAAAACUAUUGGAGAUGUGCUAACGGACCCGCCGGGGGUGUCUCCGAACUCGGAAGCAGCAGGAGCCUCUGAUGACCGGAAGGCACUAGCUGCAGCAGCAGCUGUAACCGCACCCGUUGAGGCAUCUUCUAAGGCUGCACCGGAAGCUGUGACACAACUUGAAGCAGCAGCAGGAGCAGCAGCAUUGCCAUCAGACACUGCGCCAGAGCAGACCUCAACCGAAACAGCGCCCCCGGCAGGAGCUGCAGAACCGCCCCUGUCCACCGUCGCGCAGCUGCCGCCGCCUCAGGCUGCGCCCAGCGAGAGCCCCGCUGAUGGAUCUGUGGGGGUACCCGUAGGCGCCCUGGGAACGGCAAGCAGCGGGGGUGCAGUGACGGGAGACGGCCCGCGGAACGAAGAGGCUCCAGCAGCAUCUGAGGCCGCGGGUGAGGCUGAGGGUGAGGCUGAGGCGCCGCAGCUGCGCCCGGAAGCUCCCAGCGUGUCUGCAGGCGCUGCUGCUGAUGCUGCUGUUGCGGAUCCUGGUACGGAGGACGACAGCGGUGAUGCGGGUGCGGACGGCGGCAGCGCGUCCUCUUCUGGGGCUCCUGUGACAGUGAAAGCAGCAGCCGAUAAGGAGGCAGCAGCAGCAACAGCACCGGCGGCAGGGACAGCGGCAGCGGCGGCAGCAGAGGGAGAAGGGGAAGAAGGAGAGCGGCCGCAAGGGGUCUCCAACUCAGGCGAUGACGCACCCGCACCCACGCCGCAGCAGCCAGGAGUGCCCCCGCUAGCAGGGCGUGCCGUUAAAGCGCCGGAAGCAACAGCAGCAGAAGCCGACAAGCCCGCAACGGCCUCGGAAGAUGCAGCACCUGCAGCAGCUGCUGAAAAGGCGGAGCAGCUGCCGGCGGAAGUGGAAGGGAUGGGAGCAAGCGGUUCUGCUGUUCUACCCAGCAGCUCAACUCGUAACGAUGCUGUUACCACAGAAGAGGUGGUGGAGCAACGGUCUACAACGGUUGACAACUGUUGUCCUGUUCCGGAGCCGCCCGGUGACGGCGCCGACAUGGUGGCUGUGGAGGCCUCGGACGGCUCGCCUGCACAAGGGGGAUGCGGACUAGAAAAGGUGGCGCCGGGCGACCUGCAGGCGUCGGGAGGUGCGCUUGAAGGCGUCAGGAGCGCGGGUGCAGUCGCAGCAGCACCGGCAGAAGCAGGUGCACCAGCGGCCGUAGCGGACGUGACGGCGGACGUGAACCUUGGUUCAGGUGAUGAGUCAGCAGCUCCCCGGACGGUUGUGGAGGACACGAGCGUGGCUGAGCCAGCGGUUCCCGCGGCAUCUGCGGCUGAGGAGGCGGCACCGGCGGUAGCUGCGACGGCAGUUGCGACCGCGGCGGCAGCCGAGGCGAUACCCGUGGCCUUGGAGUCAGCAGCAGCAGCACCAGAAGCAGCACCAGCACCAGAAGCAGCACCAGCACCAGAAGCAGCAGCAGCUGGGGCCGAUGUGGGCGACUCAGGUGGGGCCACCGAGGCGGCGCUCCUUGAGGAGGAAGCUGCGGAGGUUGCUUCGGCCGAGGCGCCCCCCACGGCAACCACACCUUCGGGCGACGGCAAAGCUGCGGACAGGCAUCCAGCCUCUCCCCAGGGUGUUCCUAAGCCGACAGCAGCAGCACCACCAGCAGCAGCUGUUAGCGCAGCAGCGGCAGCUGCAGCAGCAGCUGCGCCUUCUACUGUGGUGGCUGAGGGAGCAUCAGGCACCUCCGCGGCUGCUGCUGCUGCUGCUGCCAGGUCUGGGGCUGGUAAAGCUGGGAGCGGCAUCAGCAAGCCUGGUGUGGCCUCUGCCGCCGCCAAGUCCUCAGGAGCUGCCAAGCCUAAAGCGGCGAGGGCCGGGGUUGCGGAGUCGGGGUCUCCCGUCAAGGGCACGCCGGCCGGGCAACAGCCGGCAGGGGCUGCGAGUACGGAAGGCGCAGCUGGUGGCAGCAAGCAGCAGGCUGCGGGGUCCGAGGGAGCAGCUGCUAAGCAACGAAAGGUCCCACGUGCCAAGCCGCAACAGCCCAACGCCCACUCCCAUUCGCACGAAGCCAAGUCCUACGCCGCGCUCUACUCAGCACAUCACAGCGCAGAACAGCCGCCUCUGGAUGGCGGCACCGCCCCGGGAAAAGAAGAAGGCACCCUUGAUCCCAACUCGCCUCCAGCAGCUGCAGCUGCAGUUGCUUCCAGCACCGCAGCCUGCUCACCCUCUAGUAGCAGUCCCAGACCCGGCCCCGGCACUAAUGGCAGUCCUAAAGCCGGGCUGCCUAGCGCGGGCGCCCGUCCAGACAUCCAGCAGACGUCUCAGGAUGGGCCUGGAGGUCGCGCGCUGCUGCUGGCAGCUGGCAUGCCAAAUGGCGACUUGGAUUGGGACGCGUCCGCGUCUGGGGACUUGAUGGCUCGUACGGAGGCGGAGGCCGCGCGGCUGGGGGUGUACGUUCGAGGCGGAGCAGCAGGCGGCGGUGCGGGGGGCGUAGUUGCUGCAGCGGGAGGAGGGGGGGAGGUGAUGGAUGGGGAGGAGGAGGAGGAGGAGUCCCUGUCGGCAAUCAUGGCGCUGGGGCGGAGACCUGAAGAGGACGUGGACAUUGUGCUUGCGGAGUAUCGCAACGCUGCUGCGGCGGCGGCAGCGGCGGCUGCGCUGGAGGCUGCUGCUGGGGGCUCCUGCUUGGAAGGUUGUUGCGGUGGAGACGGGAGCGACAGUGGUGGGGAGGGUAGCUUUGGCGGCGGCAGCAAAGGGUGCAAGGAGGCGAAGCGGCGGCGGAAGCAGGAGGAAAAGCAGCGGAAGAAGGAGCUGAAGCGGUUACAGAAGCGGCAGCAGCGGCAGCGGCAGCGAGCGCUGUUGGGCUUGGAUCCCGGCGGGGACAGCGGUGGGGAUAGUGAUGGUGAUGGUGAUGGGGACAUCGGGCAUACCAGCGAAAGCUCGUCCUCCUCCUCGUCUUCCUCCUUUAGUAGCAGAAGCAGCAAAAGUAACACGGGCGGGGAACGCGACAUCGAAGAUGCAGGCGAGAGCGACGGCGGCGGUAUCAUAACCACCAACUACAAUGCCGCUGCUGCCGCCGCCAUCGUUUCCGCCGCAAUUGUCAACGCCGGCGGUCCCAUCGAGGGAGAGGAAACGUACGGCGAUGGAGCGUACUACAACACCGGCGACGGCGACGGCGAUGAUGAUGAUGAUGAUAAUGACAACGGGAAUGGCGGCGGACGCAUCCUAGUUUCCGCCGGCGCCGCAGCAGCCCUGGGUCUCGCAUCCUUCGCCCCUGCGUCCUUUCCUGCAAUCCAAGAUCCGCCGUACUGGCCUGACGACAGCCUACCCAUCCUCGCCGCAAGCACCGGCGGCGCCCCUAGGCAAGGCCAUGACUACGCUGACGAUGGCUCGCCUGCGCUCAUGCCCAGCUACCUGCUGGCCUCGCCCAACCCGCACCCGCGCACCUCCGACAGCAUGACCUGCUACCCCCCUCCCGGCCGGGACUACCCCGCGAGCAUCGCACCCACCGCUUCCUCGGACGGCGCCUCUAGCCUGCACCUUGGCGGCCUGACGCCGCAGGAUGCCUUGGGCGGCUUUGACCGGGGCGGCUUUGACCGCCGGGGGUUGCGGCCGGAAGGCAGCAGCUGCAGCGGUCGUGGCGGCAGCGGCGGCGGUGGCGGUGCGAGCAACGCCGCCUCGGGAGCCUGGGCAUCAUCCCAGGACGGCAGUAGCGCGGGGGAGCCGGAGGCGGAGGCGCCCUUGAUGGGCAGCGGAGCUGCGCAGGGUGGGCAUGCUCUGUGUUACGGCGAGGGCUCUUCGGAGGAGGUGGGGCAGUAUGUUGCGGCGCGGGAUGAGCGCAGCCGCAACAUCGCUGCGCAGCUGGCGGCGCUACAAGAGGAGAGCAAGCAGCUGCAGCAGCAGAGCUUGCUGCUGCAGAAGCGCACGCGGGAGAUCAGCCACUGCGUGGGCCUGGUGUCUCCGCCCGACCGCGCCUCGUCGCCGGCCGCCUCUUCUUCGUCGACUUCUCCCCCACGCGCGUCCGUGAGACAACCGCUGCCCCAGCAGCCUCAACAGCCCCAGCGGCUGCCGCCGGUCGCACGAACUUCUGCUGCGACGGCCGCAGUGCCUGCAGCAGCUGCUACGGUUCCUGCCAUCCCCAGCCCUGCACGUGAUUUUGCGGCUGGGAAUUCAACCACUACGGUUGCUGCUGCUGCUGCUGCUGCUGCCGGUCCGGCCUCGCUUCUGGAUACUGGCAGGUCGGGGAAUGAGGAGCUGGUCAGUGCCUCCCUCCGCAGCAAAGCAACACCCAUCAGCUGGGCCCUACCGGCCCGCAACCCGCCGGCGCCCGCUGUCAGUAACCCACCGGCUUCCUCGCAAAUCACGCUACGAGCGCUGCCCUCCCCGCCCAAGGCAGCGGUGCGACUCGAGCACGCAGGCAGCAACUCUAGCUUUGAGCCCUUGCUACCCCGCUGGGCUGAGCAGAUGGAGUCCUCGCCAACGCCGUCGCCUCCGCUGGCGGGGCGGGGACGCGAAGCGGGCCCCCUCCUGCCGCCCAUUGGGACAGCUGCAGCCUCGCCGUCACCCUCGGCAAUGGGGCUUGCCGCGCAAGCAGGCGCUGCACAGCAGCCUGGGCUCCAGGCCGAGCCGGGUCAGCGGAGAAGACGGCAGCAGCAACAGGAACCCUCGCAGCAGCAGCAGCAGCAGCAGCAAUCUAAACAGCAAGUGGCAGCAAAGGUUGCUUCACCAGCUGUUGGCAAGGGCGGCGUUGCUGCCAAGGGGGCAGCUACGGGUUCCAGCCGUCUGCAGGUACCUGCCAAGAGCAGGCUGGGCGGGCUUGUUGCCGGUUUGCAAGAGCAACGCCAGCAGCAACACCGACAACAACAGCAGCAACAACAACAGCCGCAGCAGCAACUACAAGGGGAGCAGCAGCAGCAGCAACUGCUGCUGCAACAACUGCAGCAGCAGGCUCAGUGGCAAGGGCCUUUUGCGCCCCUGCAGCCGCCUUACGCAGGGACGGGUCCGGGUGGGGGCCCCCUGCUGCCCCCUGUGAUCCCGCCCGCCGGCCCUGGAUCCGACCAACCGCCCGGAAUGGGCCCGCAGCCCCUGGGGCCCCAUCCCUUUGCACCACAGCAGCUCCAGCCAAUGAUGUCUCUGGCGCUGCUGACGGCCAUGCCUGUGGGAUGGAUGGGCGGGCCGCCGGCUGCACUGCUGCCCAGCUCUCAGGGCGGGCCACCGCCUGAUGCCGCCGGGCCCAACAUGCACGCAAGAUCCAGCGGGGUGGGGGGUGCAGGGGCAGCAGGCGCUGCAGCCCAGGGGCAAGGCGUGGCCGCUGCCAAGCGGUUAAGUGGUGCUAAGGCGGCUCCGUCGGGGAUACCCAAGCCGAAGACGUCUGCUGCUGCUGCUGCGGCCGGUAAGCCGGCAUCAUACGCAUCGGGUGCUGGCUCGGAAGGCUUGCAGGCGCCGUGGGCUCCGGGGUCGGGACCGGCGAUGCAAGUGGCAGGUCCAGCGGGCAUGAUGCCAAUGAUGCUCCCGCCUUAUGGGGGAAUGGUCCCGCCUGUCGGCCCAUGGAUGGUGCCCCCCGGGUUGCCCCAACCCGCUGGGGCUGCACUCCAACCCUCCGGAGCGGGCAACGGCGUUGCCAGCAGUGGCCCGGCACGUAAAGCCAGCCCAGGGCGAGGACCCAAUCCAUCGAGCCGACCCAACGGUGGAGGAGCGGCGGUGGCGCCAUCACCAGCGGCCGACAACUUCUUCCCAGGGUUCUUGCCCUUCAGUGUCCCAGGGCAGGGGUUCGGCUUCAUGCCACCAGGUCCGCCGGGUUUCAUGCCCGGCUUUCCAGGGGCCCCCGCCGGCUCAGUCAUGGGCAUGAUGCCAAAUGGCGGCCAAUUUGUGCCCUACAUGGGAAAUGCUGGCCUGCAACCCUCUGCACAAAUGACUCAGCAACAAGGGCAGCCCGGGCCGUCACCAUCCACGCAGCUGCCGCCCGUGCAAGUGCAGCGGGGCAAGGGAAAGAUGAGCCGUAGUGCACCACCUGGGACACACGCAAGAGGCACGGAAAGCAACUGGCCGCCAGAUGCCAAAGUGUUUGGAGCUGGCCAGGGAGCGCCCUCGCUUCUGGACGGUUUUGGAGGACCUGCUUUCAACUACUACGGCUUAAUAGGGAUGGGCGGUGCGGGUCAAGGGGUCGCAGUGGUGAAUGGCGGAUGGUCAGGGGCUGCUAUGGGCGGCAGUGGGGUGCAAGGACCUGGUACAAAUGCGUAUGGCAUGGUAGCCGGUAAAGCAGCAGACACGGGAUUAGGGGAGGGCGCGAUCGGGCAACGCGCUGAUAGCGUGCAGCAGCAGCAGUUGGAGCGCUAUCGCGAUCUGGAAUCCAACCUGUUGGGUAGGUUAGAUCGGCAGCAAGCGGCGGCAGGUGCAAAGGGAAGACGGAAUUCCCAUGACGGAAGGCCCGUGUUCCGUGUUUUCUAAGCACAUGAGGGUCCAUGUAAACAGUGAAGUGCUAGAAAAGGGACGACGUCCGAAGGUGGUGGUGUUGAAAAACACCGAUUUGUAAAUGGCACCAACGUGCCGGAAACAAGGGCUCGUUAGCCCACAAGAUUAAGA